CACACAUCCAGACAUCACGUCUCUUUAACAGCCGGCAAUUUGACAGUGGUGGACGGCACUCGGUCCUUCAUCCACCCUUCACUCGACAGGGUUAGAUACCCGUAGCUCCCCGUCCCUUCAUCCGUUGUCUCCGAGGGCGCCACCCGAUUGUCCCUCUUUCCCGCUUCACUGUUGUUGAUUGCGACGGGAGGCAGCGAGACGGGCGUCAGGACUGAGACGGCAGGCGGCCUGGGCUCCUCACCGUCGGAGACAAUGACGAGGACUGGCCGGGGGCUCUUCGGUGUCAUUUCUCUUGAGCCAGCAGAGCGAUCGAAAGACCGCACACUGGCUGGCCGUGACAUUGGAGGUGAGGGCGGGGGGGAGAUCUGGUUUGGAGACGGAGGGCCACCUUCGACUGUCACUCGACGCCACGUAUUGGGGUAGAAGACCUUCGCUGUCGCACUGACAGCCAGAAGAAGAAAGAAAGAAGGUGGAUGACACAGCAGGUGUGGCAGCCUUCUCUGUGACGUACGUUCGGGGCAGUGGAGGGAGGUCAAUUGGGUGCAAUCGUGGGGACGGGUGGUGGUUAGUUGUGUCUCUUGAGGUCUCUGCCAUCUUCGUCUUGGACACCUUCCGGUACUUCCACAUCUUCCGCCUUGUCCACGUCUCCUCCGUUUCCUCCAGCUCUUUCAGCACCGAGCCGCGCCAGCCCCCUCCACUCCUCAUCGAUGCGGCGUGCCGAGGCGAGCUGGAAAUGUGAGUGCGUCUCGCAUGGCCGGAGACAUGGUCUUUCGGCUUCUUGGAUUUGGAUGCUGCCGGAAGCUCGUACUUCUUCUCUUCGUAGUAAAUUCUCCCACCCGGCACGACUAGACGAGUGAUCUUUGGAGAGGGAGGACGGCUGGCUGGGGGCGCUGGCGGCUGGAUGGGGAGAGGCAAUGGGCUGAAUGAUAUGGCCUUUUUGCCGUGUUGCCGCUUCUUGGCUGCAGACGGCUGCUCCUCCGACUGCUGGAGGGGCACUAUCUCGAGGGGCGCCGGCGGUGGCGAGUCUUCCCUUUUCUGGAUGACUUGGCGCUGCCGCUUGCGCACAUCCCGCAACCUGAAGCUCGACAGGGUCAUUCUGCGGUGGUCGAUCAACUCGCUGCCAACUGCAGGAAAAGACAUGAUGACAAAAAGGGCUUAUCCGAUGCUAGUGAUACCAUUUCAUGCGUGGAGUACCUUGUCGCCCUCCGGCUUUCCACGGCAGGCCUUCUACACUACUGUCAUCCCUGUCGUAGUCGUCGCUCUGCCUGUCCUCAUCCAUGGAGGGCGGCAGCCGGCGAGCAGUCCGAUCCCGCGCAGUGCUGCCGUGCCCGACACCCUCGAUGCACAUCAACGUGUCGAUCUCCAUGCCGCGUCUUGCAAAUGGAGAGGAGCGACGCAGAAGAGGCAGCGAUGGGUGGCCUUUGUCAACCAGUUGUGUCAUUUCAGGAUGGAAGUAGGCCGCAUCAGGGUGGUAGAUAGCCGACAUGCGCGCGUGUCUGCUCCACGAGACACAAGAAGUGGACGACCGUCUCUCUGCUUCGGCUAAAUGCUUCUCUCUCACCUUGUUGCGCUGAUAGUGAGUGGGAUGGAGAGGUCCUCGUCAGACAUCGGCUCUCCAACGGCCUCGCGUAGGACAGCAAGAGCGUCCUUGACCUCUUCGUCGCCCUCCUUUUCCUUCAGCGCAAGCUCGAUCAUCUCCUGCUCCAGACUGUCCUCUGGUGUCGCCUUCUGCUGACCUCGACGUGGUUCAACAAUCUCCUCUGGCAUCGCGGACGGAAGCUCGGCUACACUAGCGUCUCUGAGUCGCGGCGCUAGAGGCGGCAACGGCGCAAGAGGCGGCAGCGCACCAUGUCCUUCGAGACCAAAUGCGCCGCCUUGAGCUCCCAGUCCCCUUGGCGCCUUGACGCCGAGAGAUGGUCGAGUGAAAGCUUUCGCCGACGGCCGGUCUUUCACUCCAACACCAACGGAGAGCGGGGGCACUCGGGGAAAGACAGCGGCAACGGCGGCAUCAGGCUUGACAGCUUCAGCUUCUUCAACACCGGCCUCUUCUGGCUGGCUGGAGACAUCAGGCCGCACAGGUCGUCCCCUUAGAGUCGACACAGUGGUGCGCCUUGCGGUGACAACUGCGGCAGAUGGCGGAGCGCCGAAUCUGUCGACCACUUCGGCCUCUUCCUCUUCUAUAAUACGGGUUGGGGAAGUCUCCAAGCCGACCAAUGCACGCCUGACGGGUGGCGGCUCAACAGAGGGCUUCUCCCUCUCCUCCACCGCUGCCUCGGGUGCGGGUAUGGACGGCUGGGGAGACGGCUCGUCCCAUCGUUGUGGUUCUGGCGAUUGCGGAAUCUGGACUGGUGUCGUCUUUGGGAUCGGAGCACCAGCAUCCGGUCGCGAGGGCGCUGUAACGGGUGCCGUUGUUGGGAUAGUCGCGGGUUUGGACGGCGGCCCGCUGACGGGGAGUGGCGCAGGCCCUGCAGGCGCAGAUGGCUGCAUUCUGGUCUCUGCACGGACUGAAGGCGCCUUCCCUGUGGCGGGAGGAGGGGCAGCAGGUGCAGGCGGCUGCUCUUUCGUGAUUGAAGGUCGCUCCAAUGUAUCCGGCGGGGAGACACGUGGCUGUUCAGCUCGCUCCUCUUUGAUCUCCUCCUGCUUGGCUGCUGCAGCAGCUGCUGUUGGCUUGUCCAUCGAGCGCCUUUCCGCCUUUUCCACUCUGUCCUUCUCCGGCACCUCUUCACGACGCACCUCUGCUGGUCUCACAGCUUCUUGUGUCUCCUUGGUAGGUUCUCGGGCAGCAGGUGGUAGUGUUGCUGCCGGCAGCAGUGGCCGCUCCCGCCUGGGCUGAGACGGCCGAUCCUCAGACAGCGCCAGCCGCCUCUCCGAAUCCAGGUGACCGGAGGGCGACUCCAGUGGUGAGGAUGGGCCAGAAACCACAACCGACAGCUGCUCUCCGGUCAUCUGCCGGGCCAUUUGCGUCUGCACCAGCACCUCAGCAAGUGUCCCUCGCAUAGCAGCCAGUGUGGAAGACGACUCGGAGAGGUCAAAGGUAUCAGACAGAGGAGGGCUGCGACGGUCGAAUGGCACUGCUGCAGGUGGAGUUCGAGGAGACACGGCUGCUCGGCUGGUUGUGUGGGGUGGGCGCUCCUGGUCGGAUACAGUGUGGACAGGGCUUGUUGAAGGGGACUCUCGGGGCGAUAGGCUGACUUUUGAUGAGCCUCUGGGGGAGGAUUCCUUGGACAGUGGACGCCCGCUGACAGAUGCCGGGCGAGACGGUCGCCUGAGCGAGGAGUGUCGACGGGUUGUGCGGACAGGCUGCGCCGGAGCGACAGGCGUUGACAUGUCGACUGCAACACAAGCCGCCACAAACCCAUUGUGUUGCUCUUCGUCCGUGGAAAGAUGCAGCGCUUACUGAGGCCAUCGGCUUCCAGCCUCUUUAUGAAGGAGUCGGCCUCUUUUUUCUUGUGCUGUUGGAGCUUCUCGCGCGUCUUCUGGCUGAUGUGCGCAGGGAAGAAGGUCUCCUGUCUUGGAGUGAAUGGCCACUGGUACUCAUCAGGGCGUGGAGAGCCCUGAUACAAGCAGAGGCACACACUGUGAACAGGCACGUAGCCGGUCCACAACACUCCAUGGUACCGCUCGUGGACUGGUCGGCCUGUGAGAGGGUCAACAAGCAGAAGGAUUGCUUUUGAAUCUCUUGUGGCGCUGAGCUCUGUGUCUUCCUCUCACAUGAGGCUGUAGCGCCGUCUCUUCUCUUCAUCCAAUACAUCAGAGAUCGGCAGUCCUUGAAAGAGCAACGUUUUUGUCUCCUCGAUCAGAUCCUGCAGACAUAAGAAGACACGAUCACGGUGCAAUCAUUUAUGUUCUUGUGAGUCAUUCCUUCUCACUCGAACAAGGAUUGGGUCGCUGAGUUGCUCGGCGUCUUCGCGAUAGUAUCUCAAGGGGAUCAGACGCAUUGAAGGAUCCUACACACACGAAAAGGCGAUUGCUGCGAGAAAUAGCACAAAUUGAUUCACGCUACGCAUGUACCAGCCACGUAAUGAGGGUGUUUUCUUGCUUGUCCUCUGUCUCCACCGUCUUGACCGGCGCCCAUCCCCCAGGUAGCGUCGGCAACGCUGGGCCAGGUGGCGUCUUUUCACGCGACUGCACCCCGGUGGCAGGCUCUGGGCUUGUCUGUGUCUCUCGAUCCGCCAGGCUAAGCUCGACGUCACGAUCAACCUCUGCAGCGACGGUCGCCAUCUCGGUAUCGAGAAUAGCUGGUGCUGCAGGUGUCUCCGCGGCCGGAGAUGGCUGCACUGCGGCUUCUGCCUUCGGUGCCGUAUCGAGGACGCUGCUUCCUUCAUCCUGCUUCUCGAGCUCGUUCUCGAUGAGCUGUUCUAUCUUAUCGCGAUCAACCUUCUUCCGCAUCUUCUUGAGCAGCUUGGUUACAAGGAGAUUGCACUUGCCUCGCGUCUUCUCGAGCUCCCGCUUCAAGAACGACUGCAGGGUCCGCAGCCGGUAAGCCUCACGCUCCGUCUCCUGCCAGACAACGCAGCCACAGAAUGACUUGACAAGGGGAUUGCGUCCUUUUUCCUUACCUUGAGUUUGUCUCGGACGGCUGCCGGCAGAUUCUCCUCUGUCACUUGCUGCUCACCCGCAUCUGCUGUCCCCGCCGAGCCUUUCAGCUCUUGUCCCUCCACCUGGCUGCCCUGCUCAGAAGCUGCAACCAACAAAAGAAUCAGAUACGGCCACCCAGCCGAAACGACCCUACUUGAUUUUCUCCUCGGUGGCACAAUGAGGGUCUGCGUCUCGGCAUCGGCCGAUGCUGACGGCUUCUCUGCAAUAAAUCCAAGAAUGUCUGCACUCGAGCUGACGCAUCGUUCCUGAUGUGUCCCGGCUCACCUGGCGGCGGAGUGGGAGGUUUCGCAGCUUGCUCUGCUUGCUUUCUAGCUGCGUCCGCCAAAAGCUGGCGAUAACAAUAACGUUUACCGAGAGAAAGAGAGAGAGAAAGAAUACGCAUUGUGUCUCUGCCUAUACACCUGUUCCUUCCGGGCCAGCUCGUCUUCAAGCUCCUUGAUCUGAAACGACGGCAAGGGAAUACAAACAUGUCAAGUUCUUCUGUACCACAAGUGUCACCUUGUGGUCCAUCUCGGCGUUCACUUUCUCCGUGAUUUCAAGCUUGACCUGCAACAGCCACAUGACAGCGCUUCCCACAUUUCUUCGACAUCUCAUCUCAUCACCUGUGUGUCGUGCAGAGAGCCUUGAAGCCCUGCCACUUUCGACCUGGAGCAGACAUUCCGAAGUGAUUUGAGAGACGCACGGCUCAUUCCUCCGCUCACUUGACUGUCAUCAGCUCUGUCUCCUCCGAGAGGUUCUCUCCCCUCUGCAGGUGAGGAGCGCACGAUCGCCAGUAGAGACCCACCCGUGUCUCCGUCAUGCGGUCGGCUUACCUUGAGCUUCAGGUCUUGGAGGAAUUUGUUGCAUGCAAUCUCCCAGGCAGGCUUCUUCGCAGAACUCUGGACGUUGACAAUAUACGAGGUACACAAAUGGCGAUGAACAGUGUGCUGUCCCUGUCUACCUCGGCCAUAUACAGAGUGUUGAGGAUGCCCUCCAGAGACAUCCUCCCGGCGAUCUGGCGUAGGCGGGCGGAGGCCCCCAGCUCGCUGUAACACGAAGCCCGCCACGAGGGCGAAGGAGAGCACAUUCAAUACUGCUGGUGUGCGUUCUACCUGUCUCCUAUGUGGGCGAGGUCAUAACGGAGGUCCGCAUUCACCUGCCGCAACUCACCCAGCUGGGAGGCAUAUACGCCCUCUAUCUGCAGGGCGAAAGACAGAACAAAGGCAUAUGUAUCCAGCUGCUAUCAGUGAGACUUUCGUGUCUCACCUCUAAGAUCUUCAUAUUGAAUAGCUCGACAGUGACGUUGUCCACGUACCUGACAAAGCAAGGGAGCCACAUCACGCAUCACUUUCUUUGCAGAACGACAAGUCUUGUGGAUUCACUUGGACGGAUCGAAGUAGUACACUAACACACACACAUCGGAGACACGCGUUUUCCACAGAGACCAGGGCAGUUGGCUCACCCUCAUUCGGAUCAAAUUCUUCACUGUUCGACUUCGCAAUGCCCUUCCUGUACACCUAGAUGGUGAACACACAACCAUCAAUGGCCAAUAAGAUCCCAUACGAACAGCUGAUCCACGCCCCUGACCAUCUCUCGAAGGUGCAGCAGCUCCUUGAAGUAAGCCUCUCGCAGUCUCUUCAACACAUACGUCAGGUUGUCAACUUUUCGGCACAGCACAGCGAUGGCUCGAUGCAUGGCGUGAACGGCACGCACGCUCACCACCUGAACAGACACGCGAGCCACGUGCAUCGUGCGUAAUCACGUCAAGGCGGUUGAGAGUCAGGUGUCUGACAAUUCGCGGCCGCUCUUGGAUGAACAGAGGGUCCUCAAAGACAAGUUCACUCUUCGGCUCUGUGAGAAUGCCAUCCCACAUGAGAGCACUUCAUCAGAGGGCUUCAAUCUCCAUCCACUCACCUUCUUCCCUCCAGUAUGAGAUUUCCAACGGUAGAGGGGCCUCGAAAUCAUCCUUGCGCUGCAUUCAAGGAGCACAUGCACUCAUGUCGAGCCCCGAACCUUGUGUAUACAUACCUUCUGAUAGAUGUCGAGGAGCGCCUCGCUGUUGAGGUUCUUCGGAUCGGUCAAAUCAACGACACUCGUGUCCGUCAAGAAAGCACUGUCCUCGGUUGGCACGACGACCCUUUUGCCCUGUCUUCGGGCAACACCUGACAUGAGCGACAUGGUCAGCGUCUUGUCAUCUUCGCCAGCAGCGCUGCGGCGAUGGCGAUAGAAGAUGUCAGGAUCAGCCAUCGCAGAAAAGCGUGCGCCAAACAGGGGAUGGUUGAAAACAAUCGCUAGCGCAAAAAGGCCUGCAUAGCGCUCG